AGAUGCAAAGUGCCUAAAAGUAAACGAAGAAGGGUGCGUGGUUAGUUGCAGUGCUGCGAGUGCUAGAAACUCUUCUCAGCUUUAAAAGUGUGUGUUUAUUCAGCUUUAUGAUCUACAGGGUCUUGGCAUAAAGUUGUUCAGCUGAGCUGCUCUUCUACUGAGAGGUCUGUGUAAUAUCCGACUGCCCGCGGAGCUCAUAACGUCGUUACCCUGCACGCCACUGGCCUGUGUUUACUCCGUGUAAGAGGUUAAAUAUGCAAGUUAACUAAACACGCCUGAGUAAAACUGCUUCGCUUUAGCUGGCGAUGACUGUGGUGUGAGUGGGGGUUAUGUUAAGACUGCCCACUUUGUGCAGUAUUGUCCGCAGAGCCCUCUGCGUCAGCGCUGAAGAGAUGGGGAAGAAGGGGAGUUUCUUUUACGCCGUGAGGAAGGGGCACAAUCCCGGAGUAUACCAGACAUGGGAUGAAUGCAAGCAUCAAGUUGACAAGUUUCCAUGUGCACAAUAUAAAAAGUUUGCCUCUGAAGUGGAUGCGUGGGCUUUUGUAAGGAAUGAAGCAACAGGAUUACUUUUGACAACAGACAGUGAUGUUCAGUUGCCUAAAAGUGUUCCAGUUGGAGCCAAAAGACCAUGUGAGGAUAACAAAGACGAUGAAACAAAUAUGAAACGGUUUAAAGUAUCUGAGGAGCCAACUCAACCUAAGGCCUCAUCUGCUGCAGGCAGUACUGAUGGGUUCACUCAUAUGGGUGAUGCUGUGGUAGUGUAUACAGAUGGCUGUUGUUCAGGCAAUGGGAGGAAUGGAGCUCGUGCGGGAAUCGGAGUAUACUGGGGUCCUGAUCACCCUCUUAAUGUUGCUGAGAGGCUGCCAGGGAGACAGACGAACCAAAGAGCUGAGUUACAGGCAGCCUGUAAGGCACUGGAGCAAGCCAGAGACAUGAACAUCAAAAAGCUUGUGCUCUACACAGACAGCAAGUUCACAAUUAAUGGCAUCACAAGUUGGGUGAAGAACUGGAAGAUCAAUGGCUGGAGGCUACGAACUGGUGGAGAAGUGGUCAAUAAGGAGGACUUCCAAAAGCUUGACAAACUGAAUGGAGAGCUUGAGGUUAUAUGGAUGCACAUUGCAGGCCAUGCUGGUUACAAAGGAAACGAAGAGGCAGACAGACUCUCCAGAGAAGGAGCAGCAAAGCCCGAGUGUUAGCUGAAGACUGCUGUGUUAAUAUUCAUCUUUCUGAGGCAAUUCAGUUCUGUGUUUGUGUUAUUAGUCCAUAAUGGACAGUGAAACUGCACAUUUUUUCAAUCCUUGUCAAAGAUUUAAGUUCCUCUUAACUUUUACUUAUCAAAAAUGUUGUAAUAAUAUGUUUGUUUGGUUUUUAUGUCAAUAAAGAACUUGUAUCCAUGCUUCUGCAGGAA